AUGCGGUCCCCAAAUGAGAGUGUCGCUUACGAAAGCGACAGCGACGUUUCUGAGAUGGACCCCGAAUCGGAUGUUCUAGCACCAGUGCAGCGUCGUAUCGAGCAGCAGCUGCGUAAACACUUGCAGGAACUGUCGGAGCAGAUCCAUGAGACGAACAGUGAGCUAUCAGGUGUAGAAAAAGAGCGCGAAAGCUGCGGCGUGGACCUCUACAACGCCCAGCAGCAUCUGGCAACGCUGCAAAAAACCCUGGAGGGAUUCCACGAAAAACGUGCUGCAAUUCAACAGCAACAUGAAGACAAGCUGCGUGCGCGCGAGGAGCUGUCUUCUGCGGCAGAGAGCGCACAGAAGAAAGUUGAUGAUAUGCAGAAACAGUACACCCGCUAUCACAACGAGCUGGCUAAGCUGACGGAGACGCUGAUGAAGGUGGAGCGGUUCAAUCAGGAGUUGAAGGAUGAGGUAGAGCUCGAGCGUCGCGCCGCCCACAAGACCGAGGAUGAUAUCACGAACUUGGAAAAGGCAAAACUGCGACAAGAUUUACUCAUCCUCUCCAUGCAGAAGCGCAUCGAGACGCUAGAGAACGAGAGUGCGCAGCUAGAUGAGCAGAUAGGCAGCCAACGUGAGGAAACCAAGCGCGCACGCGAGACAUUGGCCGAUGCCGCGUCGGAGAUGGAGGCCAUUGUUAUGGAGAAGAAGCAACUCGUUCAGCAGUGGCGAAGCUCUCUUAUUGGCAUGCAGCGACGACAGGAUGCGGUGCGGAAGACGGAAGAGGCGCUCCAGCAGCAGAAGAAUGAACUGCUUGUGCUCGAGAACGAGAUUACUGGCUACCGUAACGACAUUCGCACGUCGCAGGCAGAGAACGCCAAGCUUACUGCGUUCAUGUCCCGCAUUGACAACGAAAUCAUCAUCUUGGAAAGGCAGAUGGACGGACUUCUCUUGAAGAAGGAUGAGGCCGCUAAAGCCUAUGCACUUUUGGAACAGAGCAUUGCCAGCUCAGUCGAGGAGCGCAAGGCCGUCGAGCAGAAAAUGAAACUCAAGGCAGCUGAGCUAUCGGAGGUGGAAAAGCAGAUUGCGAAGCACGCCAAAGCCAUCGUUGAAAUGGAGAACGAAAUGUUGGUGCAUCUGAGCAGGGAAUCUACGUUGAAGCAGGAGAGCAAAGGGGCACUGCAGGAAAUUCGAAAGAUCAAGGAAUCGAUCCGCGCAAAGGAGCAAAAGGUGACUCAGAUGGAGAACGAGCUGGCGCGAAUCCGUGUGGAUACACUGCAGUCGAAAGCCUACAACGAAACGCUUGCAACCACUCUAGCGGACCUCGAGAAGGAGCUGCAGUCACGUAGUGUGAUGAUAGAAAAGAUGCAGGUCGACAUCCGCCGUCGCAACAACGAGAUCGAUCGCAAGCAAAAUCAGCUUGACCAGCUCAAUCACCAGUACGAGCAGAUUCUAGCAGCGCACAACGAUUUACAGGGCGACCAUGUCGGACCUCUCGAGGCGACAAUCAACAGCCUUUCCAGAGCCAUUGGCACGAAGUCUAGCGAGAACGAAGCACUGCAGCAGGAGUGGAUCCGGUUGCAGACCGAGUUGGUUAACUACAAGAAUACCAUGAACGAAAUCAACGAAGCCAUCCUCGAUGCUCAGGCAAGGGCGACCAUCCUGGCACAGAAGAAGGAUCGCCUUCUCGCCAACAUCAGCGAAGGAAAGCAGCAGGUUGCGAAUUUGCAGAGCAAAUCGAACGCCAUGCAUCUAGAAAUGAAGCGGGUAAACACACUGCUGAGCCAAAACAACGGUGCGCAGCAGAGCGCCUCUGACGACGUGUUUCUCCUGGAAAACGACUUAGUUCGACGACUCGAGGAGAAGAAGCGUGAAGCAAUUCAGCUUGAGAAGAAGGUGGAGGACAUGCGUCAGAGCAAGUCUGACAUCGUCGAGCAAAUCCUCUCGUGUGAGCGGGACAUCAUGUUCUGGGAGCGGAAGCUGCAGGUUGCGCGAGAGACAGAGAUGGCGCUGGACCCUACAAUUGGGUGCGCCGAGAUGGAGAAGAUGAAGAAGGAGAUCACGUUCAUGGAGCAGCGCAUGUCGCAGCUGCAGCGCGAGCAGAAGUUCCUCAUCGAGGAGAUGCAGAAGAUGAUUGACCACCGCGAUAUCAUUCGGACCAAAGGCAAGGCAAUCCAGAUAGCGUCUCAGAAGAACAAGAACGGCGUGACUAGGCUCGCUGUGGAGAGAGAGAACAUGCGCCUCUUCAAGGAGCUGAGUGCAAAGCGGCAAGAGUCGCGCAGGAAGGAAAAGCUAGUCAAAGAGAGCAUGGCAGAGAUGGAUCGCAUCGCAGCUGACGUGGACCGCACCCAGCACGAGAUACAGAACCUAGACGCCCAGAUCGAGGAUUUGCAGGGUCAAAUCGCCGCAGCUAAGAAAGAGCGCGAUCGCGCUGAGGACGAGAAGCGACUGCGGCAGAACAACCUUCAACGGCUGCGGGAUGGUGAGGCAGGCAUGUACCGACUCUUGUGCUACCCGGAGGAGUCUGAGGCAGAGGCGGCGCGGCUGGAUGAGGGCCGCCGGGCGGUUGUGAGUAUCAUGGAGGAGCUAUCGGCGCAGUUCCCAGACCUUGCUCCGUCCUUGCAGGAUCUCAUGUCAAGCGUCUAA